CGCCCACGCGUCGUCCUUUACCGUUAGUGCUGUUGGCUCGGUUCAGUUCCGUUUAGUUCGCCAAUCGCACGAGUUCGAUACACAAGUCGCAUGGUUUUAUUUUUAAAACCAGCCUGAACUAGACAACACACACUGAUGUUCGAUAUCUGGGAAUGUUGUAAGACGUGGAUAAUUCUAUAGAAAACCAUACGAGUGCCCCGUGCAAAGUCGCAAUUAAAAUUGCAUUAAAAAUUAAACGAAUAGUGUUUGUGUGUGCGUGCCCCGGUCUGUGAUGCAGAAAGUUUCACCUGAGCCAAAUUGGCAAAAGUUAAAUGAUUAAAGUGCCAAGUUGGGCGAAUUAUGUGAAAGUUUUAAUUUGUAGGCGAACUCAAUGUUCUGGUAAUUUGGCUGUGGAGGAAAACCAGUCCGGAAAAAAGCUUGGGAUAACGAGGCAAGGCGGGCUGAAAAAGAAGACCAACCCAGAUUUGCAAAAGUUCGUGCCAUAAAUCUGCAGCUUGCAUGGAAUUAAUACCCAACUAGGGUGAAGGGGGUGGCAAAGUAGGUGGUGCUGCACAUGCAACACACAUUAGUGGGUCACUCGAAGAUGAUGACGCUGCUGACCGCAACCGCAACAGUAGUACCCGUAGAAGUAGCAACAAAAAAAAGAGCCACUCGAGUCGUUUUGUGGCAGCGAGGGAAAAUUAUAUAAAAUUAUCAUGCAGGGCAGGCAGCUAGCUGGUUGGCCACUCGACAACGGCAGGCGGGACAAGGCUAAACAUCAUCAUCAUCAUCAUCAGUAGUAGUAGUAUACGUAAUGUGCGUCAUGACGUAUACGUAAUGUGCACCAGGGUUUGGCCAAUUUGUCCAAGCAAGCACUAAGACCACUAAGACCACAGCGGAAACGAACGAAAAACAGAAACUCAAGCUACCAACUAAAACUGAAACAGAAACUAAAACUGUUAACGACAGCAACGAAACUUCUUGGCCAAAAUGGCGAAAGUUGUUAAAGAAUUGGGAAUGUGUUGAGAAGACCGACAGCCGGUGCGAAAAUGACAAAAUGGCGAAGUUAACGUUGCCCUGUCUAUUGCGGCGACUGCAGUUGGUGGCGCUGCAACUGCAAUUGCAACUGCAACCACAACAGCAACAACAGCAGCAGCAGCUCCAGCAACAUCCACACGGCAGCCACUUAAUGGCCAUGCAACUGGGCCAGGCCGUGCUUCUCUAUGGCUGCCUUCUGCUGCUCCAUGCCUCCGUAUCCGCCUCUGUCUUGGCUUCUUCUUCGGACUCAUCUGCCAUACCAGCCAGUCUGGUGAAUAUCUCCGUGGCAGUGGACUUGAAUGGUAUACCAACCCAGCAGGAGGAGCUAAAACUCAACGAGAAGCGCACGCGAAAGCGUGAUGCAGCCAAUGUGCCUGACGAUGACGAAUAUGGCAGUUAUCCGGACGACGUCGAUGAUUUGGAGGCCUUGCUUAAUAAUAAGUCGGCAAAGGGGAAAUAUAUUGGAGCACCGUGCAACGAGCUGAAGUGUGACGUCAAGCUGCUACACGUAUCCUGCGACAAAGAGUCACAAACCUGCAGCUGUGAACGCAAUUAUCCCGUGCAGCUUGGACUGAUUAAGGGUUGCGCCAAACCUAAAAAACUGGGCGAUCAGUGUUUCUACGAUGAGACGUGCAUCUACAACGACGAGAAUUCCCUUUGUGUUCAGGUGCGGCACAAUGCGAUGUGCCAGUGUGCCAGUGGAUUCCACUCUGUUAGCUAUGUGAAGCCAACGCGUCGAGUCUUUUGCACUCCAGAUCUCAGCGAGCUGAGCUCGGAUCUGCCCACUCUGCUGGGUGUCUCCACGGGCAUCGCUGUCCUGGCCGGGCUCAUCUGCAUGGUGUUGCAUCUGUUUAGCAAAACGAAGUAUCCGCGUCAUCGAAACUACGGAGAUGCCAGUAUUCCGCCACCCAUUCUAUACUCCAGCGAUACAGGAAUACCGCUCACCGUUCACUCGGCGCGUCCAUCGUCGCGUUCCAGCAUUCGAUCGACGGGAUCCAUUGGAUCCUAUGGCAAUCGACGGGCCUCAGCCGGUGGUCUUGGCGGGGCAGCCGGCGGAGGCAUGACUGGCGGUGCCGGCGGAGGAGGCGCAUCAGGAAGCGGCGGCUCAAAGGGCAUCCUGGUGUCGACGUCACGAACAGGUUCUCGAAGACCAAGUCUAGCGUCGGUGCACAGCACCAGUUCCUCGGUGCGCAGCUAUAGCAUGAUGCGCUUCGAGAAGGAGACGCAGCAGAAGGAGAUCCGCCAGGAGAUGAAGUUGCGAUUGGCCCGCUUGCAGCAGCAGCAGCAUCUCACCCAAAACAAGCCGCAGAUUGUCAUCGGUGAGGCGCUGAUGCAACAUGGUGCCCUUAGUCGUGUUACCAUGGCCACGCCAAGUCCUCUUACGCCUAACUCACUGGAUGAGCUGCUGCCGUCGCUAGAUGAAAACCAAGAGUAUCCUCCCAGGCUGGAAUCAACGUUCAAGCAGUUCAUUCAGCCUCAAUCUGGAGGAGUAGGUUCCUCCGGAGCUGGAGCUGCCUUAAGAGCAGCUGCCUCCCAAUCAUCUCCAGGCAGCUCUAAUGGUUACCCUGGCCCCUGCAGCUCCUCGACUGAGGCCCUCUAAAGUUUAAUUCGUGCAUAAGUAUUAGGACCGAGUUGUAAAUUAGCUCGUAAGUAAUCAAAGAUUUCUUAUCUUAUAUGCAUAGAGUAGGCAAGGAGUUGUGUUUAAGAGCCCGUUGCUAAUUAAAUUGAAUUCAAAUUGAACGUCAAACGUGUUGUAGACAGCUUAGAUUAUGUGUAACAUAGUAAGUAAACACAGUUAGGUUAAGCCAAGAACUAAUCUAUAAGUCAUAAUAAGUGAGUUCCCAAUAAAAAAUUAGACAGCCUUUGUGUGUAUCAUAUAUAGUAUGUAGGAAGCUAAUCGAAACAUUUUAUACGUGUGUGUAUAUUGUCAUACAUUUUUUGUAGAAGUUAUACGAGCUAAAUGAAAAUCCAGCUAAUAAUGAAAAUGACAGUCUAGGCCAAGUGGUAUUAGGUUUUGAGAUAAUAAUAUAUGGGAUAGAUCACGAUUAUAAUUGCUGCUGAAGAAUUGAUAAACCACUUGGCUAUUCACUUAUGUAGAUCGAUCGAAUAUGAAUUGAUUAGCUUAAAAAUUAGUCUAGUGUUUAUCGUUAGUGUGAGAUAGUACUGAUAAAAUAUACGCAAAAUGAAUUUAUACAAAAUCGGUUUAUACAACAGUAGUUUCUUGUACAUUGUACUCACGAUGAUCUACUCUGAUCGGAAUAUGCCAGAUUGUUCUAGCUAAAUCAAUAAUUAUGUUAAGUCAUUCGCCAUGAAAUAAAUCAAAAAUUAAUAAUAAUAAACAAUGUUAAUAGAUUGAAGUAAGAAGUAAGAAUCUAAGAUGAAAUUUCGUUUUUUGUAGGAAAAUAUAUAUAGAAAGUCUUUAAAAAGUCAAUUUUACGUUUACGACUUACGAAUUUUUCUACAGAGGCGUUUCAAGUGAAUACAAUAAUCGAAAAUGUGUAGAUCAAAUGUACAUUAACUUACUCGAUGGUUAUAUUAUAUUAUUUAAUAUUUGAUACCAAGGUUGUUGACUGUAGUUGAUGUUCUCUACAUCGUUUGGUUCCAUGAUUUAACGUAUCCUAUAUCUAUAUAGAUCCUGUUCUCAAUAGUACGAAAUACAGCAGCUAACAAAAAACGAUCGUUACAUAUACACAUCUCUAUACAAGCAUAUACAUCGGUAUAUGCCUAUUUGUACUUAACUAUGCUAUACACACGAUGAGUAGACACAUAUCUGGAGUUCAGUGUUGGUUGAUGUUGGGAGUAUCUAGUAAUAAAUGCAAUUUUGUGUUUUCAACAA